UACACGUUACUAGUUCACUUCAAAAAUAAUUGAACUGCAAAAUUGCAACACAACAUCUUCUGUAUAAUUAAAAAUGAGGAAGCAACUACUUUCUCUCAAAUUCAUCUCUGAAAAACUCCAUAAAUCAUUGUCAACUCCCACCAAUUUUCACUCCUCUAAGCCUUUUCAUUCUCUCUCCAAUCCCAUCAACAACAAUGGCUGCCACCUUAAUUCCCAUCCUUCUUCUCUUCUCUCUCCUUACCAUCAAUGGCGGUCAUCCGCCAUUAAUGGCUUCCUCAAAAGCCCUGUUCUUUCCAAACAUUUCGUUUCUCGUGCUCAGAUAAAGGGUCCAAUCAAAAGCUUUCUGGGUUCCAGAGUUGGGUUUCUUACUACCCAAUUUUCCAAGAUUAAAGGGCCAAUUCAGCAGCGUGGAUGGAGUUCUUGGUCCCGAGGGUAUUCAGGUUAUUCGGCUGAUAGUGUAGUUUACGGCUUAAUUUUUGCCAAUGCGGCUGUUUUUCUGCUGUGGCGGGUUUUACCUCGAGAUUUCAUGUAUCGAAACUUUACAAUUUCAGUGGAAAACAUAAAAAGUGGACGUAUACACACACUUCUUACUUCCGCAUUCAGCCAUAUAAACAUUGAACAUAUUGGAUCCAACAUGCUUGGUCUCUACUUCUUUGGCAGUAGUAUUGGAAGUGUGUUUGGACCAGAGUAUCUGCUGAAGCUGUAUGUCGCUGGGGCUGUUGUUGGAUCUAUAUUUUAUUUGGUGCACCAUGCUUAUCUCGCUAAUACAUAUGAGGGAACUUUCAGAAGAAAUCCAUCAAGAACUCCUGGGCUGGGUGCAAGUGGGGCAGUCAAUGCCAUAUUGCUUCUUGAUAUAUUCCUCUUUCCAAAAAAGACGCUCUUGUUUGACUUCUUCAUUCCUGUCCCUGCCAUAUUGCUGGGAGUCUUUCUUGUUGGAAAGGAUGUGUUGAGGAUUUUAGAGGGGGAUCAAAACAUAUCUGGAUCAGCUCACCUGGGUGGUGCUGUAGUUGCGGCUGUGGCAUGGCUACGUGUUACGCGAAAACUCCGUUUCUAACCACUGUGAUUCUUGAUUUUAAUUGGGGUUGCUCAAGCUAUUUGAUUUGCUGUCGUGCUGGAAUCAUGCAUGACUUUAUGUUUCACGGGGUAGGUUAGUGAUCUGAUUGUGGUAAAAAUAAAAACAAAGCUUUCUGAAACUUUGGUUCUAGUUGUUUUAAUGUAGGGCUUAAACUAUUUGACUAGUGUAAAUCACAUUCUAGUUGUGAUUGAUUGUCAUCUAAUAUUCAGAUAAUAUGAAAUUGCUCUGAUCAUAAAUGGAAGUUCUCUGAUACUGUGGCUACA